AUGCCUAGGUCUUUGGCUAAAGUUUCGAGAGCUUCAAUUUCUGCAUUCUUCAGGGAAUUAUGCUACAACCCUAGAAAUACACAUAGAGCUCAUCUAGAAAAGAUAUAUGAUGGCCUUUUAGAACCGUGUCUGGCGAAUAAAUCCCACUACGUCCGUGGCACCCAUAGUAGUCUAUCCACCGUACAGGUUCAAUAUCACGAUUACUCCAAUUUCGCUAUUCCCGACUUUUUUUCUGGCCUUGGAUACGUCCUCGCCCAUCUCCAUCCGUGCCAGUCGUCCUACAACCUGAAAUCCCUUACCCAACUACUCAGCCAAUACUCUGAAUGGUGCCGUAUCUCUGCAUUGCUCCUUGAGGUGAACCCGCCAACGGUCGUCCAGCUUCUCUGGUCCAUGAAAUGUCGUAGAUUCAGUCUCGCGUCAAGCGUAGCAGCAGGCAGGGGUGAUGGGCGCGAGGACGUCCGGGAGGAACGCGUCAAGUCACUCGAGGCCGUCUGGCACGAUCCGUUGACAAAUCCUACUCCUGUGCAGCAGAAACACGCGCUGGAAGGGACGUGCAAAAUAGUGGAUCCAUCCGCCGAACUUUUUGGUACACCGUGGGGGCACUGCGGUGAAAGCGUAUCCUUUGCUUCACUCUUCGAAACAAUCCAUAGCGCGUCGCCGCUUGCCACCCUCGCGUUAAGCGUCAAAUCGAUGACCUGCAUGAUUCCAGGAACGAAUAUCGUCCCGGUUCAAGUCAUUCCGCAUCUCAAUCGCUUCUCCGAUAUCGUCGAGGUCCUUCGUGUUUCUGGAUCAUUACGUCCGAUGUGUCUCAACUGUCAACAUCUGGCGAGGGGGAGAAUCAAAGACUACGCUUAUUCUUUUAUGGCAGAGGAUUAUUGCAUCCACGCUGCAAUGUAG